AGCACAAGGGCCACUUUGAAGGAGCCCGGCGGUGGCUGUGGUUUGGCCGGAGCUGACAGACUGUUUGCCAGCUACUGCUGAUUUAAGUACCCUGUGUCCCUCACUGCCUCUUCACCCCCCUCCUCUGCGAAAUGUUCCACCCUUGACUGCUCUGGUGAAUGGAGGUCUAGGGGAGCACAGGCAAGGUUGGAAGGGAACCGUUGCUGACACUGGUCCAGCCGGGCACUUUUUGCACUCCAUGGACUGCGCUCCACUCUGUCCUCAUUGAGGACCUUUUCCCUCUGUCUUGGUGGUAAAUACUACAAGUCAAAGUUGUUUUUUCUCUCCUAAAAAAGCUUUUCUACGGGCUCAAUGAUGAAGCUGAAAAAGCAGGUGACGGUGUGUGGAGGAGCCAUAUUCUGUGUGGCUAUACUUUCCCUGUAUCUGAUGUUGGACAGGGUCCAACACGACCCUGCAAGGUGACAGAACGGAGGUGGGAACUUCCCACGGAGCCAAAUCUCUGUUCUGCAGAACCGCAUAGAACAGCUAGCGCAGCUACUGGAGGAGAACCACCAGAUCAUCAGCCACAUCAAGGACUCUGUUCUGGAGCUGACCGACUCUGGCGCUGUGUCCCCCAGCGGAAAGCUGCCCUUCCGUAGUGCCAAUGUUUCCUGGGUCCUGCCCUUUGAUGGAAGCCCCACCUUUCUCUCCGUCAAGCCCCAGGACUGCCAGUUCUCCCAGGGUCGACGCAGACAUACCGACCUGCAGAUGCUAGACAUAUACUCCCUGUUGAAGUUUGACAAUGUUGACGGGGGUGUGUGGAAACAGGGCUUUGAGAUCACCUAUGAGCCUGGGGCGUGGGACAAUGAACCGCUGCAGGUGUUUGUGGUCCCUCACUCCCACAACGACCCAGGCUGGAUCAAGACAUUUGAUAAGUACUACACAGAUCAGACGCAGCACAUCUUCAACAACAUGCUGGUCAAGCUGACUGAGGACCCACGCAGGAAGUUCAUUUGGUCUGAGAUCUCCUUCUUCGCCAAGUGGUGGGAGAGUGCCGACAUGCACAAGCAGGAAGCCAUGCGCAAGUGCGGAUCUCACAGAUGUAACCUCUGGUUCUCAGAGGAUGAUAGGCAUGCCACCCAAGACUCCCUGCCCCAGCGCACCCUUAUCGAACUGGACCAAUCAGGACCUAGGUACCUGGUGCUGUUCAACCCAGUGGAGCAGGACAGGCUGUGUGUGAUGACAGUGUUGGUGAACUCUGUCAGGGUCCGGGAGCUCACAGAGAAUGGACAGAUCCUCCCUGUACAGCUCAGUGCCCAGUGGAGCUCUGCUAGCCAGAUGAGCGUAGAGGGCUUCCAGGCCUCCUUCAUGGUGCGUCUGCCUGCCCUGGGCCUGGCUGUGUUCCACCUGUAUGACUCUGCUGAUACCCCCAUGACGCUGUGCUCUGAGAUACUGCUGAGGCUGUCUGGUCAGGGGCAGACUGCCCACGCCGUGGACCCCUUCCAAUUGCGCUCCCAGACAGCAGACCCACAGCUCUUCUACAUCUCCACCCAGUCCCUUACACUGGGCUUCUCUGGAACCACUGGCCUGCUGGAUAGUAUCCAUCGUAAAGACGACCCCCAGGAGGUCAAGGUUCAGCUCCAGUUUGUGACGUACGGCACUCGGUCAUCAAAGGACAAGAGUGGGGCUUACCUCUUCCUGCCUGAUGGGAAGGCUAAGCCCUACAGUCAGAAGGAGCCUCCAGUGGUGCGUGUGGUGGAGGGCCCUCUCUUCUCUGAGGUAGUGGCUAUGUACCAGCACUUCCGUCAGACCAUUCGCAUACACAAUGUGCCAGGUGUGGACGGUCUGUCCCUGGAUGUCACCACCAUGGUGGACAUCAGAGAACAGUCUAACAAAGAGCUGGCCAUGCGUCUGGACACGGACAUCGAGAAUGACGACACCUUCUACACAGACCUCAACGGAUUCCAGAUGCAGCCCCGGCACCACUUCCUGAAGCUCACCUUGCAAGCCAACUUCUACCCCAUGCCCAGCCAGGCCUACAUCCAGGACAGCCAUCUCCGCCUCACCCUGCACUCUGCCCAGGCCCUGGGUGUCACCAACCUAGAGGGCGGCCAGUUGGAGGUGAUUCUGGACCGGCGGCUGAUGCAGGAUGAUAACCGUGGCCAGGGCCUGAAGGACAACAAGAAGACGGCCAACCGCUUCCGCCUCCUACUGGACAGGAGGUCCACUGGCAACAAGGUGGUGGACAGCAGACCAACCAGCUUCCCCUCCCUACUUAGUCACAUGACCUCGGCCAUCCUCAACCACGAGGUGCUGGCGCUGCCUGUGCUGCCCAAGAAGCGUGGCAUCCCUCCCUUGCACACCUUUGCCCCCCUUACGGGGGCCCUGCCCUGUGACUUCCACGUGCUCAGCCUGCGCAGCGUCCAGCACCAGCAGGACACCCACUCCCCGUCUCCCUACACGGCCCUCAUCCUGCAUCGGAAGGGUCUGGACUGUGACCUGGAGACCCCCAACCCUGGAUUCAACUGUACCACUUCCGAGGGACAGCUGGGUGUGUCUUCUCUGUUCCGUAACCUUGACCUCCAGCUGCUGCAGCCUGUGUCUCUGUCCCUGAUGUACUCCAGCCCCCCUCUGGCCAAUGACUCCUCCAUCAGCCUGGAGCCCAUGGAGAUCUCAGCCUUCAGGCUCAAAUUGCGCUAGCCAGGCUCAGAUAAACACAUCAGACCAGACACAACCAGGCCAGGCCUGGUCCCACCUGGUUUUGUCUGUUCAGGUCUAGUCUAUAGGAAGAGUGAACAGAGGGGUGGCCAAGCUGUGGCUUCCUGGUGCAACCUGUGUCUACAACAUACAGUACACUACACCACUCUACACUAAACCUCUCUGCACCACACUACACUACACCACACACACCCUGAACUGUAAAGUCAGCUUGGAAAAGCAGGUGUCCACCAUGACUAGACUAUAACUGCAGGGGGCAGAUGGUUGUCAGACACACAGUGGCUGUCUCCAAUCUUUCUCAGUGAACCAGAAACCUUUGGUGAUUUAGUUUUUGUGCUUGUGAUAAUAAAGGUGAUGUCUUUAUCACAGAACAGAUACUGGUGGUCUUCUGCCUUUGCAUUAUAAUGUCAAGUUAGUGGAAACAAUUUUCUUUCAGUUUUUAAAUGAACUAUAUUUGUUUUCUUUAAAAAAAAAAUCCCAUCCUAGACUAACUAAUGAAUGUAAAUAUCACAUGUAUAAGGACCUUGGAAUGACAUGGCGACCGAGUGCAAUUUGUAAAUGCUUUAUUUUUGCCACGUUCACGUGCUAGUCAAAGCUAGGAAACUCUGGUUGUAGUUAUACAUGUGCCGCUUUCAACCAAUUAGCAACCAAUUCCGACUAGCACAUCAAUGCGGUGUUAGUUUGGACAGUUUUUAAAAUCUACUAUGGAGCCUAUCCACCUGCUGCAGACUAGGGAACUGUUAACUCCAUUACGAGCUCAUCACUGCUCAUUGAACUUUUAUUGAUUGCAUUGACCGACUGAAUGCAGUUGUGUACUACCAGUGUGAAUGUUUGCUCUCUCUAUCUCUGCAGUAGAGGAGCUGAGGCUAUGGCUCUGUAAGAUACUGUAUGUCAAGCAGAGUCCGUCACUCUAGUCACUACCAGGCUGGGGAUUAGGUCUCUCUCUAAGGAAAUACCAAUCCCCAUGCUACUUUUUUGUUUUUAGUCAUCAUUAUCUCCCUAUUGCAUGACUGUACGGCCUGCUAUCCUUUCAAUCCCCCCUUGCUUGUAGAUGGUCUGAAGACUUUCAAACUAUUGUUACGUGAGCCUCUCAAAGCUAUCAUGUCCAGAUGAGUUGGCUGUGGUGGAAUUUAAGUUACGUUUGUAUUUAAAUGCUCCUAAAGCCAUUCCUGUGCUCCUGUUCUUUGUGUGUGUACGCCAAUUGAUGGACGAAUGGUGGUGUGUACUAUACUGUAUGCAGUAGAAGAAACUACUAUGAUGACAAUACCUCUUAUUUAACAUAUGACACAUUGGUAUGUAUAUUGAUGUGGAAACUUCUGUGAAGAAACAGUAUGCCAGAGGAGUAUUAAGAUCCGGAGUGCAGUAUCAGGGACAAGGUAUCUGUUCAUAGCACUGUACUGCUAAUCAUCAUCAUUAGUGAGUGUGUAGUGGGGUUGGAGGAUCUGGCUUUCAAAGCCAGGCAUGGAGACCCUGUUUUUAAAGGCAGGAUCGUGGUUCAACCUUCCCUUCAUGAUGAUGUGGAGAAAUGGUCCGUUGAUGUGGAGAACAAACGGAUCCUUCAUGUCUGACUUUGACAGAGUUUACUGGCGCAAACAAGGUUUUUUUUUUAAAUCAGCUUUCAUCAUAAAACAUCUCUAUAGCCUUGAUCUUGGUGGGGUUAAGGUACCUGUCUAUGAUUCAUUUCUGCCUGUGGUGUUGGUGUGGAAGGCUAAACGUCAGUAGCAUACAUCAGUAAUGGCAGAUGCCCUGUUUAUCAGUUAUCUUUGCCAUUUCUCACUAUAUGUUUCUCCUCUACCAUCUGUUAGACCAUCCUACUAUCCAAAUAUUUUUUCACCCUGCUGUGUUCUGUUUAACACUCCUCACUCAGAACACACGUAGCUACAGUCCAACAUUUCACUCUACAAUGCUCAGGCACUAGCCUGGCCCCAUACAGCGGAUGUGCUGUAACUCCUCUAUUGAUGUCAUACUAUCUUUUGGUAUGAGAACAAAGAAACAGAGAGGAGUUGGUUGUACGUACCAACAGACUGGACCACCAGACUACCAAUGUAGCCUGCAUCACUUUUCAUCAUCAGCACUUCCACACUGUCUUUUCGGAUUGCAUUUCCCCUCUAGCUAUAUGUCAUAACACUACCCCUGUUCCUAAUACGGCACUCCCCCCUAUUGUCCCUUUCUUCCCGCUCACUUACUGUCUCUAUGUGUCCUGAGUUCCUCUGUAGACUUGUCUUUUGUAUGUGAUAUUUGUUGUAGGACUUUUUUUAAGAUGGAGUUUAUGAAGGACAAAUGUCUUUGUUCUCUUUUAUUUGUUUAUUCCUGGAUGUGUGUUUAAAAAAAAGAUGCAUAGAAGAAAAAUGCAGACGCGGUGGAGUCAGAAUAAAGAUCAAAUAUGA